AUGUUAAAAAACCGUGUUUUCGUCAGUGUUUGUGUCAAUGUCUUCUUAGUCUGGGGAGCUUCAAAUGCAACUGAGACGCUAGCUUCUUUGUUCUUCCAAUACGUCCAAGGUCUGUCUGCGCUUCAGACAUCAGUAAAACUCUUACCUGCUCCCGUUGGAGGAGUACUCGCCAGUAUUCUCGUCGGGCUCUUUGUUCAACGACUAAGAGCAGAUGUGUUCUCUAUUCUUGCAGUCAUGAUAGCCUCCCUAGCACCGCUUUUAAUGGCAAUCGUUCACCCGGAUUGGUCAUACUGGGCGUGUAUCUUCCCAGCCAUGGCAGCGAAUGCAAUCGGGGCUGAUACUCUGUACACGAUCUCGAAUUUGAUCGUCACUGCUUCUCUUCCUCCGGACAAGCACGGUAUCGCAGGUGGAAUCUACAAUACCAUUGCUCAGAUCGGUCGAAGCUUUGGACUCAACAUUUCAACCAUCAUCGCGAAUUUGGUCACUGAUAGGUAUCCCUCUACUGAUCAAGGCAGUCCCGAAGCUCUCCUAAGUGGCCAUCGCGCUGCGUUUUGGUACUGCUUUGCCGCAAAUUUGGUCACUCUGUCUGUUGUCCUAUGGGGUCUCAGGCGGAUUGGCAAAGUUGGUAUAAAGGAUGACUGA